CCAGGGAGUGGCAGCCUUGUGCAUUCGCGAUGGCCAUCGUUUCUGAUAGCUACAGGAUUUCCAGGGCAGAGCCUCGGUCUCUGCUUUUAAGAUAACGUAGCCCGGGUUCCCCCACAGGUCAGAGCAGCGUGGGGCGGGGCCAAGGUUGACUCCUACUGGGAGGAGCCGGGAUGCCGCUCCCGCGGUGAUGCAGAGGGGAAUUUGCUGACAGUCCCUUGCCAGGUGGAGCAGGCUUCACCAGGCCGCGAAAAGGGAGGAGGAGGACCCGCCGGCAGUCUCCUCUCAGAGCUUUGAAGGAACCACUUUGGUGGUGCGGAACUGGUGGUGAGACUCUGCAGGAUCACCUGGAGGUACCUCUUCCCAGGGACUGGUUGAGGACAGGAAGGCCUGGGAACAUAAUCUUUCAGCCUGGACUCUCACCAACACCUGCUGCCCCAGAGUGGGGAACAUUUCCUGGGUUUGACUGAGAUCCUUCACCAGAUCAGGAGCCUGAGUGUGCCCAGGAUGUCUUCCUCUUCAGAGGGCCCAAAGUUUCGCAACAUGACGGUGAAUGAGUGUUUCCAGUCCCGGAGCACUGUCCUCCAGGGACAGCCCUUUGGGGGGAUCCCUACUGUGCUCAUACUCAACCUCAUCUUGUGGCUGUUCGUUGUAGUGCUUUAUUCCUUCCUCCGGAAAGCUGCGUGGGACUACGGGCGCCUGGCUCUGCUAAUACACAAUGACAGCCUGACCUCGCUGAUCUACGGGGAGCAAAGUGAGAAGUCGUCUCCCUCAGAUAUUUCCUUGGAGGUGGAACGCAGGGACAAGGGCUUCUGUUCCUGGUUCUUCAACAGCUUAACCAUGAAGGACCAGGACCUGAUCAGCAAGUGCGGGGAUGAUGCGCGCAUCUACAUCAUGUUCCAGUAUCACCUCAUCAUUUGCGUGCUCAUCCUCUGCAUCCCCUCCCUGGGCAUCAUUUUGCCUAUUAACUACGUUGGAACUGUUCUGGACUGGAGCAGUCACUUUGGUCGGACCACCAUCGUCAACGUCUCCACAGGGAGUAAGUUCCUGUGGCUGCACAGCCUCUUCGCGUUCUUGUACUUCCUCAUCAACUUUGCCCUCAUGGGCCAUCACUGCUUGGGGUUUGUGCCCAAGAAGAACCGCAAGAUCACGAGGACACUGAUGAUCACCUAUGUACCCACUGACAUCCAGGACCCAGAGAUCAUCAGCAAGCACUUCCAGGAGGCCUAUCCUGGGUGUAUGGUGACCCGAGUCCACUUCUGUUAUGAUGUCAGGAACCUCAUUGACUUGGAUGAUCAAAGGCGCCAUGCCAUGCGGGGCCGACUCUACUACACGGCCAAGGCUAAGAAGACCGGGAAGGUGAUGAUCAAGAUUCACCCCUGCUCCCGUUUGUGUUUCUGCAAGUGCUGGACCUGCUUCAAGGAGGUAGAUGCGGAGCAGUAUUACAGUGAGCUGGAAGAGCAGCUGACUGACGAAUUCAAUGCAGAGCUCAAUCGCGUCCGGCUGAAGCGGCUUGACCUGGUCUUUGUCACCUUCCAGGAUGCCAAGACAGUGAAACGCAUCCGUGAAGAUUACAAGUACAUCCAGUGUGGUAUGCACCCCAAGCAGUCCUCAGUAACGACCAUCGUCAAAAACUACCAAUGGAGGGUCGCUAAUGCCCCUCACCCCAAAGACAUCAUCUGGAAGCACCUGUCCACCCGCCGUUUCCAAUGGUGGACUCGCUUUAUCGCAAUCAACACCUUCCUCUUCAUCCUCUUCUUCUUCCUCACCACGCCCGCCAUCAUCAUCAACACCAUCGACAUGUACAAUGUCACCCGCCCCAUCGAGAAUUUGCAGAGCCCAAUUGUGACCCAGUUCUUUCCCUCUGUCCUGCUCUGGGCCUUCACGGUGAUAAUGCCUCUGAUGGUCUACUUCUCCGCCUUCCUAGAAGCCCACUGGACCAGGUCAAGUCAGAAUAUCAUCAUAAUGCACAAAUGCUACAUCUUCCUAGUGUUCAUGGUGGUCAUUCUGCCCUCCAUGGGACUGACCAGUUUGAAUGUGUUCUUGCGCUGGCUCUUUGACAUCUACUAUCUUGAACAUGCAACCAUCAGGUUCCAGUGCGUCUUCCUCCCAGACAAUGGGGCGUUCUUUGUCAACUACGUGAUCACAGCUGCUCUGCUAGGCACGGGCAUGGAGCUGAUGCGCCUGGGGUCACUCUGCACGUAUUGUACCCGCCUCUUCUUUUCCAAAUCAGAGCCAGAGAGAGUCCACAUCAGAAAGAACCAGGCCAUGGACUUCCAGUUCGGGAGAGAGUAUGCAUGGAUGCUGAACGUCUUCAGCGUGGUGAUGGCAUAUAGCAUCACUUGCCCUAUAAUUGUCCCUUUUGGGCUGCUGUAUCUGUGCAUGAAGCACCUCACAGACCGCUAUAACAUGUACUACUCGUACGCGCCCACCAAGCUGAACCAGCAGAUCCACAUGGCCGCCGUCUACCAAGCCAUCUUCGCACCACUCUUGGGGCUCUUCUGGAUGCUGUUUUUCUCCAUCCUGAGAGCAGGUACCCUCCACACCUUCACUUUCUUCUCCCUGUCAUCCCUCAUCGUCUGUGUGAUAAUCGCCUUUUCUGGGAUUUUUCUGGGGAAGCUGCGGAUUGCCCGUAAGUAUGAGCCUGAGGAAGAAACUGAGACUGUGUUUGAUGUGGAGCCAAGCAGCACGACCUCCACACCCACCUCCCUUCUGUACGUGGCCACCGUGCUACAGGAGCCGGAGUUGAACCUGACCCCCGCCUCCUCCCCAGCCCGGCACACCUAUGGCACCAUCAACAGCCAGCCAGAAGAGGGAGAAGAAGAGAGCGGUCUGAGGGGCUUUGCGAGGGAGCUGGACUCAGCUCGGUUCCAGGAAGGGCUGGAACUGGAGGGCCAGAGCCACUGAUUAGGACUCCAGUCAGGAGGGCCAGGGGAGAGCCUGGUGGGGGGAGACAGGAAGGAACUCCCUUCCAUAGACUUUGAAAAGCUCCUAAUGGAGACAUCUGCCACCCUGUGGUCAUGUGAAGAGCCGGGCCUGCUGGAAAGGGCAGGAUGCUGGGCAAAUCUGAGGACCCCAGGAUGGGGUGGAGGAGGCACACACCAUGUUUCUAAGAGUGGUGGCUGAAAUCCGGAACGCAAGAGACGGGAUGCUAUGUGUUUUGCUGGGGUCCAGCUGGUGCAAGUAUGUCUAAGGGAUGAGGUAGGGAGAAGCCCCCUGAAAGCUUUCUAGGGGCUUCUACACCCCACUCCAGCUGCCCAUCGAGGAUGGUCGCUUCAGACCCCGGUCCUCCACUGCAGUCUGAGCAGACAAAGGUAUGUGUACUGGGCCUUGAGGACAAGGUCCAGGUGGCUGCUUCAUCACAGGUUUCCCUGCAGAGCAUAUAGAAACUGUACCUCACCCCCUGAGCAAGGGGCCACUGGGACAACCCUGGGAAGAGAUUGGAUGUUCCCUGUUGCUUUGCCCUGCUGUCUACUUAUAAGGGUAGUUACUGGGACAGUGACUUAAGCUCAUUAAAGGGGGACCUACAUGCAUGUGGUGAAGGAAACCAUGGCUAAUCCUUGCUGGUUGAUUCAAGGGUGUGUGUGUGUGUGUGUGUGUGUCUGUGUGUGUCUGUGUGUGUGUGUGUGUGUUUGUGUGUGUCUGUGUGUGUCUGUGUGUGUGUGUGUAGGAGGGCAUAGAGUCCAGGAAACAAGGCCUUCUCUCCAAAAUUGGGCCAUGGAGAUCAGACACACCUUUCUAAGCCCUAAGGAUAAAUUAAAAGAUCCCCAAAGCCUACAGGCGGUCACCAAGAACAUCCUCUGCCCCGUGUGUCUGAGUGCUGUGCCCAGUGUGGUCAAGACUGGUGACAGCUCAGGCCGCAAACUGAAGGCACUGGCCGCCUCCCGCCCUCACAAGGACCCCUCCUCCUCUCUCGGUCUGCCCUGCCUGGCCUCCAGUGUGGCACUAGCUAGGACGUUACAGAUGCUUCACACCGUGCCGUCACCCCAGUCCUGCCAGCAUUAGGUAGAGGAGGAGUGAUGGCUGCAUCCCCCAUGGGAAAACCCUCCUAGUGGGCAAGCUGCUUUACCAGAUCUGCCUCCGACUGGAGGAGCAAGCCUCGGCAAUGCCAGCGAUCAGCAGCUCUGCCUCUUUCUGAGGUGCUCCAGCUUCUGCCUCUUAGGACAGGGCAUUAUCUGUACUGCCACGAAGCCUGACCACGUGAACCAAGGGGUCUAUAGACCCUUGAGCCUCUGAAGCUCCUCCCCAGACAUCUGGGUCUCUCUUUGCUGCCCAUUAGAGAAAGGGCAGGUGGGUCCAUCCUCAUUCCACCUCGGUGUCUCCACCCAGGCACAUGGCUCCCCCCGGAACACAGAUCAGUUGGCCCCGCCUCUGCUCCAGCGCUGUCACCACCCGCACCCCACCCCCAGCCCCGCAGUUCCAAGCUGUACUCCAGGGCAGAAAAAGUUGCUCAGGGGGCAAGUAGUGCCACACCCCAGGACUUGGACCCAAACAUUAGCGCGGUGAUCUUUGUUGAGAGCUUGUGUUAGCUGGGAGAGGUUACCUCCAUUCCUUGUCAAGCUUGGAAUAACGGGGGAAUUAUGUACAGCCAGGCCCUUAUACACUCCAGGCCUUCACCCCUGGGAUUUCAUCAACCAGGGAAAGAACUUUCUCAUAGCAGAGUGAUGAGGUCCAACAUCCAGCUCUGCCCCUAGUGGGGAGUGACAGUCCAACCGGCACAGUGUGUAUUUGGUAUGGAGUGAUUUGGAGUGCAACCAGAACCUAGACCAGGGCCUUUGCUCUGGGCAUCGCUUGCUGGCGCCUGCCCCAGAUCCCUGCAGCCCUGUCUGUUCCUGCUGGCCCUCCCUCCUACCCCCAUCCACGGCGACCCAUGGAUGCAUCAGGUACGAGGAGUCCUACAGACAACAGAGCAGGAUGGCUGGAGGGUUCCGUCCUCUGAAUUUGGGUCAGAUGCAGCCGGGCUCUGAUACAAGUGUUGGGCAGUGAUAGACUCCACUCUGCUCUUGUAGGGGCUGCCCGCCUGGCUGGACCUUGGCUUUGCAAGGCCACCAGGGCCCAGGCCCCUUCAUCUUGCACAUGCAGACUACUUCCGGGCCUCCUCAGCACCUGCUGUACCAGCCCAUUGUUCAUCGUGCCACCCUAACUCACCCUCUGCUUUGAUCUCUUCUGGAGAGAGAUGCCCCCCCAGGGGACCCAGGUGACACAGAGCCUUUCAGAACUGACUCUUACAGGGCUUGGAGCAGCCUCACCCCUGCCUGCCUGUCCCUAAGCUGCGUCUGGAAGCAAAGUGCCUAUCAGCAGCAUUGUACCCUCUGGGGGCCCUGGAGCGGUGUGGACUAACCAUGGCCACUACCACUAAAGGAAUGUGCCAGAAUGCCGAACCUUCUUGUUAUUAAUGUAUGACUGUGCCUUGAAUAAAUUGUCCUCCUAAUCAA